GAGAGUGGGUCUUUAUUGCUAUAUUUAACAGUGAAAAGGACAAAGUCAAUAGGUUAACGAGGUCCAAACCAGGGUUGAGUAAGGGAGACUGAGAAGACCAGGAUGACAGUCAAUCUCAUCGUGUCAGUGUCAAUGAUCUGGUGAGGACGCAUUAAAUAGGCUCCACUUAAUCAGCGGGAAUGAACCUCCGCUGUGCACCACAGCCAGCGAGCUGCUGAUUGAGGUGAUGCACCUCAGCUGUGUUGCUGAGCCUGCAGGAUGAGAGAAUAGGAGAGAGAAAGGGGAAGGGAGGCAGGUCACACCGAGCAGACCCGACAAAAUGUCACAUUACAGAAACUUUAUAUUUAAACUUGAUGAAUGAUGAACAGGAUUUACUUUGUUCAGCUUAACGACUGAAGAACGAAUCAGAAUAACUGUCGUGAAAAUAUUGUUAAAAACCGUAGAAAGUAGUGUGAAGAGCAUCUUUUAACAUCACUUCCUGUGUGAGCCUACACAGCAGUUACAUGUUUAUGGUUUAAGGGAGUGACACCAUGAGCCGAGCCAGGACCUCGUCGCUAUUCUCCACCUGCCGGCUGUUUUUCUUGUUGGCCAUCAUCUCAGCUGAGCUUCCAUGUUCAGCAGCAGGGGGCGCUACUCUGGCCAACAGCACACUCAGCAACCACAGUAAAUGUGGCGGGAGUACCAACUGCAUAGCAGUAUGGAAGCCGGACAACCCAGCCUUCACUGAACUCCUUGCCAGGGCCACCAUUUACUUUGUGGGGUUGGCGUACAUGUUCCUGGGUGUCUCCAUCAUCGCUGACCGCUUCAUGGCUUCCAUCGAGGUCAUCACCUCCCAAGAGAGACAGAUCACCAUCAAGAAACCAAACGGUGAGAAGAUCACAACAACGGUGCGCAUCUGGAACGAGACGGUGUCCAACCUGACCCUGAUGGCGUUGGGUUCCUCCGCCCCAGAAAUCCUCCUGUCGGUUGUUGAGGUUUGCGGUCACAACUUUAAUGCUGGAGAGCUGGGCCCCAAUACCAUCGUAGGAAGUGCCGCCUUCAACAUGUUUGUCAUCAUUGGACUUUGUGUGUCCGUCAUCCCUGAAGGCCAGACCAGAAAGGUGAAGCACCUGCGGGUGUUCUUCGUCACCGCCACCUGGAGCGUCUUUGCGUACACCUGGCUUUAUCUGAUCCUGGCCGUCUUCUCUCCAGGUGUUGUUGAGAUUUGGGAGGGGCUUCUCACACUCUUCUUCUUCCCCAUUUGUGUUGUGUUUGCAUACGUGGCCGACCGCAGACUUCUCUUCUACAAAUACAUGUAUAAACGAUACAGACCAGGGAAACAGAAAGGGAUGAUCAUCGAAACCGAGGGAGAACCAGAGCUUUCCUCCAAGGUCAACGUUGAAAUGGAUGGCAAAAUGCUCAACUACCACACAGAGGAGUUCACGGAUGGAGAGACGGGCUUUGAUAUGAAGGAGCUGGACGAGGAGGAGGCCCGCAGAGAGGUGGCCCGGAUCCUGAAGGAGCUGAAACAGAAGCACCCAGAGAAGGAGAUGGAGCAGUUGAUGGAGCUGGCUAAUUAUCAAGUUUUGACCCAGCAGCAAAAGAGUCGGGCUUUCUACCGCUGUCAGGCGACCAGGAUCAUGACAGGAGCUGGCAACAUCCUAAAGAAGCACGCUGCUGACCAAGCCAAGAGAGCCGCCCACCACGACAUCUGCUCGGAGGUGUCAGCGAGCCCAUUUUCCUCCAAGGUGCUCUUCGACCCCGGGACCUACCAGUGUCUGGAAAACUGCGGGAGUGUAGCACUGAACGUGGUGCGUCGUGGUGGAGACCUAAUGAGCACAAUUUCAGUGGAUUACCGGACUGAAGACGGCACUGCGAACGCCGGCUCGGACUACCAGUUCACUGAAGGAACUAUUGUGUUCGAACCAGGCGAGACUGAAAAGGAAAUCCGCAUCGACAUUAUUGAUGAUGAUAUCUUUGAGGAAGACGAGCAUUUCCUGGUUCACUUGAGCAAUGUGAGGGUCAUAUCAGAAAGUGCUGGCUCACAGAUGCAUGAAGAAAACUGCACAGACCCUCUGGCAAGCUUAGGUCUACCGUGCACAGCCACUGUCACCAUUUUCGAUGACGACCAUGCAGGGAUCUUUACAUUUGAGGAACCGGUGGUGACCGUGAGUGAGAGCAUCGGAGUGAUGGAAGUGAAGGUGAUCCGGACCUCGGGAGCUCGCGGUGUUGUGGUGGUGCCAUACAAAACCAUAGAGGGGACAGCAAAAGGAGGCGGGGAGGACUUUGAGGACACACAUGGAGUCCUGGAGUUUGAGAACGAUGAGAUCUUCAAAACUAUUCAGAUCGGUAUAAUCGUUGAUGAAGAAUAUGAGAAAAACAAGAACUUCUUCCUAGAGAUCGGAGCACCUGAGCUGCUGGAGAUGAGUGAGAGGAAAGCCGUGUUGCUUCAGGAAGUCGGUGGAUUUGUCAAGACAAGUAGAGACAUCUACAGGAAGGUCCAGGGACGGGACCGCCUCGCCCCCUCCACCAUCAUCAGCAUCACAGAGGAGGAAGGUGAGGAGGCUUUGACCAAGAAGGAGGAGGAGGAGAGGCGGAUUGCGGAGAUGGGCAGGCCGAUGCUGGGUGAACAUGUCAGACUAGAGGUCAUCGUCGAGGAGUCGUAUGAGUUCAAGAGCACAGUAGAUAAGCUCAUCAAGAAGACCAACCUGGCUCUGGUGAUCGGGACAAACAGCUGGAGAGAGCAGUUCAUGGAAGCCAUCACCGUCAGCUCUGGUGAUGAUGAUAACGAUGAAUGUGAUGAGGAGAAGCUUCCUUCCUGUUUUGACUAUGUCAUGCACUUCCUCACCAUCUUCUGGAAGCUUCUAUUUGCCUUUGUUCCUCCCACCGACUACUGGAAUGGCUGGGCCUGCUUUGUCGUGUCCAUCGUUGUCAUCGGCCUCCUGACGGCAGUGAUCGGUGACCUGGCGUCGCAUUUUGGUUGCACUGUCGGCCUCAAAGACUCCGUCACUGCUGUGGUGUUUGUAGCUCUGGGCACCUCUGUUCCAGACACAUUUGCCAGUAAAGUGGCAGCCACCCAGGACCAGUACGCCGAUGCCUCCAUCGGAAAUGUGACGGGAAGUAACGCCGUUAACAUCUUCCUGGGUAUCGGUAUAGCCUGGUCCAUCGCUGCCAUCUACCACUACUCCAAGGGCCAGGAUUUCAGGGUCGACCCGGGCACGCUGGCUUUCUCUGUCACACUCUUCACCAUCUUUGCCUUCAUCUGUAUCGCUGUCCUCAUCUACCGGCGCCGGCCUGAGAUUGGUGGGGAGCUCGGCGGACCCCGAGUUCCCAAAAUCCUCACUACCUGUUUGUUCUUCAGCCUGUGGCUGAUGUACAUCGUCUUUUCCUCGUUGGAGGCUUACUGCCAUGUAAAGGGCUUCUAGGACUUCUGAUGGGUUCCCGAAGGUUUGAACAGAUGAAUAGAUUUUCUGAUGGAUAUAUCUGUAUGUUCUUUAAAGCUAUAGAAUACAUCACUAAUGGGUUUCUAAAGAUCCCAAAGGUUCCUGAAAUAUUCUGUGGGUUCUUGAUGCAUCUGUAAGGGUGUCACUAAGUUCCUGACAUUUUCCCAGGGAUUUGGUUUCUGGUAUUUUCCUGGAUGUUCUGACAGGUUCCAUUCAUUUCUCUUAUUUGUCUGAAAUUUUGGAUGCAUGUCUAAUGGUUCUAUAAGCUUCAUGGAUUUUUAAAUGUCCUAACUGUUUCCACCAUUUGUCUAAAGUUUUGGAUAAAUGUCUAAUAGUUCUAGUGGGUUCUGCUUGAUUCUUGCAUAUCUUGCCAGGUUUCUAUGUCUCUUAUUAGUUGACAGAUUCUUCAGGGUUCUGAUGGACAUGUACCAGUUGUCUGAAUGUCCUGACAAAACAUUUUGACCACUAUCUGUUCUAUCUGUGAUGUUUUUUAAACAUCUAAUGGGUUCAAAACAUCUUUCACAGGCCCCUGAAGGUCAUAAAGGUUCCUGGAGGAUUUUUGACAGUCUUGGUGGAUUUCAAAAAAUCCCCUCAGAACUUCUGAACCUUUCUGACUUAUUCUGGUGUCCAUAUUGGACUGCUUGCUGGCUGUUGAGUGCUGGUGACCUCCAAGACUCCACCACCUUCAUCCUCCCGUGCCUCCCAGACAUUUGAAGAUAUCAAGCUAUGUCAUCAAUCCUUCUCCUGUACCUUUAAACAAUGUAUACCAAAACAUUUUAAUGUUGACGUGCAUGGACUUUGAACCACAACCACAGUAGUGACCACGAACAGCCGUGGUGAUGGAGGCAGCUUGUGCUGUAGGCUUCUGACUACCUUCAGGACUUUAGAUGUCAAAGGUGACUGCAGCAGUAGUGUUGCACCUACACGAAUACGUAUCUGCACUGAGUGUGAAACAUAGUUCAUUUUAAAAGCUGAGCAAGUUUGGUGUCGAGGUCUCAAGGUGCUGUACAGGACCGGGAAAUGUGCACUCUGUUGCGGCAGUGACUUCAGACAUCAUCACGUGUGCGUUUGUGUAUGAAUACGUAACCUCAAACCAUGCUGAGAAGCAGAGAUAAUUCAUGAUGUUCUUUGAGGUGGCUGGCUGUUUGGAAAGCAAAUGGACAGAGUGAAGACAAACGCUGCUGCUUAUGAUCUGAUGACAGAAGGCAGUGACUGUCCUUCAAGUAUUAAAGUACAGUGA